GGGGAGUCGAAACAAAAUAGUUAGUAGUAGGAUAAGUAAAGUUUUAAGGAAGUUAAUGCCAAUCCCUGGCCUACACAUUUGUUGGGAAUUGCUUAAGUAGCUCUCCGCAAAAGAAUCAAAUCUUAAAAAAUUCAGGUUUGUCUUCAUCCCAUCCUGCUGUCUCACCAACCUUUGGUGGUUCGAAUGUUCAUCGUAUCCAACACGACAACAAUUCACUUCAUUUCAAUCCAACUUCUAAAUUUCCAUCCUUGACAACAACACAUAACAACAAAAAAAUGUUGGUAGCCAAUCACCAAAAAAGUGAUUUUGUGUUCAAAGCAAGUGGAAACCAAGAUGGAGGUGAAAUCGAAAAGGAAGAUGAAGGCAAAAAGCAAAUGUCAAAAGAAGAAGAGAUUCUGAAGUUGAAUACGAUGCAAAUUCAUUAAAAAAUAUAGGCUCUUCAAUUUCUUUAUCUGAUCCUCCUCCACUAACUACAAUAUUCUCCAAAAACUCGUUUAAACUUAAUUCGACUUGUUUACAAAAAUGCUCUCCAGCUACAAUUAAUUCAAUUAUACAAAAAAUAAAUAGUAAACAAAGGGCAAGAUUCCAAAGUACCUUAAAAUUGUGAGG